CCUAGCGGUACAGCGCCAGCCCGCGAUUUGUAGGACAGCAGUAAGUCACUGUACUGCGUCGCCUCUCGCAACACAGCGAGCGCUGCGGGCUCACGCGACGCCCAGCCGCCACAGUAAAAAAAGGCGACAAGGCCUCCGCGAUAAAAAAUGCUCGCCACCCGCGCCCUCCACCGCGUCGGGACCGCCAGAGCGUUUUCCACGACGACGUCGACGACGGCGCGCGCGGCGGCGGCGCGCGCGGCGCUCGCGGCGUCGACGCGCCACGUCGGCGCGCGCUGGACCGCCGCCGCGGCGCCGCGCGCGCGCUGGCGCGACGCGAUGAAGGCGCGCGCGGCGGCGACGACGGCGCCCGUGCGCGCGCGCCUCGCGCUGGCGGCGCCGCGGCUCCGGCUCCGCGAGCUCCUCGCGCCGCGGCUCCGGCUCCUCGCCGCGCGGCGGCCGCGGCGCCUCGCCCGGCUCAAGGCCGCGGCGGCGGCGCACGCCGCGGCGGUCAAGGAGCGCGCGCGGCGCGCCGCGGCGCUCGCGGUCGCGUUCCGCGCGCGCCGCGCCGGCUACGCGGGCCAGCUCGCGGACGCGUGGCGCACGUACGGCUGGACGGCCGUGGGCACGCACUUCGCCGUCUACGGGACGACGCUGGCGGGGCUGACGGCCGCCGUCGACGUCGGCCUGCUCGGCGGCGGCCGCGCGCGCGACGAGGCGGUGGCGAAGCUGUCGGCGCUCGUGGCGCCCGUCGCGCCGCGCGCGCUCGUCGACGGCCUCCGCUCGUCGCCGACGGCGGGCGCCUUCGCCGUGGCCUGGGUGCUGGCGAAGUUCACGGAGAUCCCGCGGCUCGCCGUGACGCUCGCGCUGACGCCGCGCGUCGCCGCGAUGCGGUCCGUCGUGCGGCUGGCGGUUCGGGGCGUCGUAUCUUAA